AUGGCGACCAAAGGCGUGUGGCAGCUCAACAAGGUGACGAUUCGGUACUGCCAACACGGCGGCAGUAGCCGCUACGUGCGGCAACUACUGAGCGACGAGCGCUUUCUCAAGUUUGUUGAGGAGAACCCGCAGGUGCAGUUCGAGACAGAGCUCAAAGGUGCACGCCACCCCAUUGUCAUUGGCGACUACGUGACGAAUGAGCGCAAGGUCUCGGACCUCAAGAACCAGGACAUUCCCUUCAUUAUGAAGCAGCUCGAGCGUCUACGCAACUCUAGUGGCCGCAAAAUGACGCACAUUAAGAAACCAGUGAUCUCGAAGCGUCCGACCAUCCAGGGAAUCUGGCAGCCAGACCUCGUGUUCCCAGAGUUCAAGAUCAGCGACCGUACAUAG